ACGCGUGAGCUCCGAUUGGCUACGGCCAAAAGAACUACGGCUCCCAAUAGACAUGCGCGAAAAAUCCCUUUUAAAGCCUUUUAAAUUUACGUGCAAAAUGGCUGCACAGGUCGAUCUACUGCGCGUCAAAGUAGAGGAGAAGAGAAGUGACAGUUUUGACAAAGCCACCAAAGAGAAGAAAAAGAAGAAAAAACGGGAAUGUUCGCCGUCCGAUGACAAGCGCGAGAGAGCGGAGAAGGAAGCGAAGAAAAUAAAGCUACAACACCAUCACCAACAUGCCCAACAACGAGCGCUUCCACCGCACCAACAACAGAACAGCCAAGCGCGCGACUUCAGCAAAGAGCAGGCACCUGUGCAACACCGCCAUCACAACCAUCAUCACCAUCACAGCUCAAAGAAAGAAUUACCUCCGGGAUGGCCGCCGCGCAAAGUGACACCAGCAGCGGGUCACGUCCCGCAGAAGACGGUCCUGCCGCCUUCCCCGCUCUUCACUUUCACGCCGCUCAAAGUAGCGAAGGCCGAGACCCCCAAUAACAAGCCCAAACACAUCGAGAAGGACGCCAAACUCAAGCCCAAGAAGGAAAACACCGAGGCGAAUGUUAAAGUGGGGGAAUGCAAGAAGACGAAAGAGCCCCAUAAUGAGAAUGGCAAAACCCAGACCCUGGAAGAAUACCUCCUAAAGAAAAAGAAAAAGAAGAAGCGGCAUCGUGAAGAUGAGCGGGGCAAGAAGUUGCGCGUGCACAACAAAGAGGUCCAGACGCUGUGUACAGGAUUAACAGGAGAUGCUCUGCCAUCUUCUGAAGACCCUGUGUUGCAUGUGUACAUCAAAGAUGAAAAGCCAUGUCCAAGCUUAGGUGAGUACUACACUCCCAAAGCUGAGAAGAAGCUGUUCCUCUCUCACCGAGACCACUUCAUCCGCAGCUCGUGGCUUCAGACCAACACCUCCUUCAGCAGUCUGAUCCAUGAGGAAAAGCAGCCCAAUGGAGGGGCAUCUGUACUACACGCUUACGCAGAUGAACUGUCUUUACUGCGACCGGGGGACACUGAAAGAUUCGCCCAGGAGUUUCUGGAUCUCGCCUUUGCUGAACACCCUAAAGGAGCCGCACGCUACGCACUCGCAGUGGUGCACGGAGCGGCUGCCUACCUGCCUGAUUUCUUGGACUACUUUGCCUUCAAUUUUCCAAAUACACCUGUCAAGAUGGAAAUCCUUGGUAAAAAGGACAUUGAGACCACCACGAUUGCCAACUUCCACUCUCAGGUGAACCGAACGUACUGCUCUGGGACAUAUAGAGCUGGUCCCAUGAGGCAAAUCAGUCUGGUCGGUGCAGUAGAUGAGGAGGUGGGCGAUUACUUCCCGGAGUUCUUGGACAUGCUUGAGGAGUCUCCGUUUCUGAAGAUGACUUUGCCAUGGGGCAGCCUAUCUUGCCUUAAGCUUGACUGCAGGUCUCAGAGUGAUGAUGGUCCCAUCAUGUGGGUGAGACCAGGAGAGCAGAUGGUCCCCACAGCCGAUAUGCCCAAAUCUCCAUUCAAGAGACGAAGAUCAAUGAAUGAGGUCAAGAACUUGCAUUACCUCCCGAGAGCCAGUGAACCACGUGAGGUGCUCUUCGAGGAUCGGACGCGAGCCCACGCUGAUCACGUUGGCCAGAGUUUCGACUGGCAGAGUACAGCAGCUGUGGGUGUCCUGAAAGCAGUGCAGUUUGGGGAAUGGAGUGACCGGCCACGGAUAACCAAAGAUGUGGUCUGUUUUCACGCUGAGGACUUCAAUGAUGUCGUUCAAAGGCUUCAGCUAGACCUGUAUGAGCCACCUGUGUCACAGUGUGUCCAGUGGGUGGACGAUGCCAAACUCAACCAGUUACGGCGAGAAGGCAUCCGCUAUGUUCGCUUGCAGCUCUGUGACGACGACAUCUACUUCAUCCCUCGCAACGUGAUCCACCAGUUCAAGACCGUCUCGGCCGUGUGCAGCCUUGCAUGGCACAUCCGUCUAAAGCAGUACUACUCCGAGGAAGAGAAGGAGGAAUCGAAGGACAUUAAGACCAAGGACCUGUGCUCCACUUCAUGUCCUCCCCCCUCUUCAUCCCCUGUUCACCUGGACACCAAAGUCACCUCUUGCGCCCGUCUACAAGCGGACACGGCACAAGGCGGAGUGGCCAAAAUAGACGAACUGGUUUUCCAGAGGCCCGCAACGCCACCCAGAGAGCCGCAGCCCGCGCCUCCACAACCGGCUAAAUCCGCCCACACUGUUUCCACCGCUCCUGUCCCAGCACCCUGCCCUCUGUCCUCGCCCACACCAGAGCAAAUGCUUCCACAGGCUCCCGCCGAGCCUGCAUCAGACUCCUCACUCGAUGGCAGCAGGCCCAUGGAUUUCCCCAAAUGACUUCAGACUUGACUGACAUUCCACAGUGUA